GGGAUAGGCUCCAGCUUGCCUGCGACCCUGUAGAAGGAUAAAGCGGCUAGAGAUAAUGAGAUGAGAUGAGAUAUUCCUGCUGCAGCUGAUGAACAAGGCAAUCUAUAAUUGUUUUAGCCAAAUAACAGGCCUGAUUCUGAAUCUGGUCCACCAUCUUUAAUUUGUCAACAACAACAAAAGCAUGUGAAUACAACACACUGAAAUCCAGGGGUGCAGUGAUGUUGGUCAGUUCACCGCAGCACCGGGCAGCAGCUUCAGUUCUGCUCUGUUUGUUUUUGUGUGAAGUGAUUUGUUUUUCACACGCAGAUAAGAGUUUUGAAGAUGUGCGUUGCAAAUGCAUUUGUCCUCCAUACCGAAACAUCAGUGGUCAUAUCUACAACAGGAAUGUAACCCAAAAGGACUGUAAUUGUCUGCACAUUGUGGAUCCCAUGCCAGUGCCUGGUCAUGAUAUGGAGGCUUAUUGUCUGCUCUGUGAGUGCAAGUAUGAGGAGCGAAGCAGCAAUACCAUCAAGGUGACCAUAAUCAUCUACCUGUCUGUCGUCGGUGCUCUUCUGCUGUACAUGCUGUUCUUGCUUUUGGUGGAGCCUCUGAUCCGCAGACGUGAUCCCUACAGACAGCCACUGCAGAAUGAGGAUGACUCUGAGGUACAGACAUCAUCAAAUGUGAGGGCUCCAGGUCGAGGGAACACAGUGCUGGAGCGAGUGGAAGGGGCUCAGCAGCGUUGGAAGAAACAGGUUCAAGAGCAGCGCAGGACUGUGUUCGAUCGCCACAAAUUGCUUAGUUAAACAGUGACGGAGGAAAGGCAAGCUGAGUUUCAUGAUCUAUUUUUUUUUUUUUUUUUUAAUUUUGUUAACAGUGGGUCCACAUAUGACUCUUGUUAUCAGUGAGGCUUUUUUGGCAUUUUUUUUUCUGUUUGAUUUUGAAGCUUAAAUGAAUGUGCUUAAGAUUAUAGUAAACUGAAAUGAUUAGGCUUGUUAUACAGUAUAACAUUUAUUUAUAAUGGCUGCUUAACUUAGACUUGCAGUAUAAUGUGAAUUUUGUGAAAAAUGGACGGUUUGCAAAGUAAUGUGAAUUUGGGGAACACUUUGACAUUCUCAGCUUUUCUUUUAAACAAAAUAGAUGGAGCAAGCAAGUGUAGUAAUUAAGCAACAUAGGAUUCAUGUGCAUGUUACAUGCAUAUGCCUUUUGUGCAUUGUUAUAUUUCCAAGUAGAAACUUCUUUCCUUCAUUCAGGACCUUUGUAAGAUAUCUGUGACUGGGUUGUGGGAUUUGCAAUGAUUGCCAAUCCUAAUGUCAUGUAAGUGACUACUGAUUUCACACCAAAUAUAUGCUGAUUGCACUGAAUAGUGUCAAGAUUCAAGAUUGUUUUGCACUUCUAUACUUGAUGUGUAAUAUAGAUCUAAUACUGGCUUUGUAUUUCAAAUAAAGUCCUAUGGCUUUUGUUUGGAUAAUUUAUCUAAUAACUAAGACACUCUACAUAGCUCUAUUGGAAUGACUGCCUAUACCUUGUAGUUAAUUACUGACCACUUUAUUGGGUACAUCUAACAUAUCUGAGGAAUUUAUAGGCAUAUUAUUUAAUCACUGUGUGUACUGUUUAUAGGUAUACUGUUUAACUGCUGUUGAUGCGUACGCUUCAGUUUGUCUAUCUGGAGGAGUCCUUCAAGUUAUUUGUAGAAUACUUCAGUAUUGUUUUUGUUUUAGAAAAGUUCUAAAUCAAACCUGUACUUGAGAUUCAUUAAGAACUCUUAAAUAUCAGAUUAAUAUUUGAAGAACCCUUUUUUCUUCCUCCCCUAAAAAUAUAGGACAACCAGUCAUAAUAAUAGUGUGUGGUUCUGUUGGCCCGGAUAUAUUUGUACCAGUGAUUUGGUACUAUAAUGGUGGAAUGAAUUGUGCAUGAUGACAGUAAUGAUAUGCUCAUUGGUAUGUACCCAAUAAAAUGGUUGCUGAGUGCAGGUGCAAGGGAGAUGUACCCAAUAAACAUGCAACUGAGUGUAUGUCACUGUUCUAUUUCAGGAAAUGAAAUAUCUUUCCAUGUGUUGUAUUCUACUUGCACAGAGAACUUAAAUAAACACAAUCUUUAAAAGUUG